AUGGGGGAUAAAUAUAGAUCUAUGAAUCAGGAUAUUGAUUUAUUAAUUCAAGCAAUACAAGAUAAAGUAAAUGUAGAUUCUGCAAAAUCUAUGUCUACAUUUGAAGAGAAGAGUAGUAAAAAAGUUCAAAUGCUAAAAGACUUAACAAAUAAGUACAAUUUAUUGAACCAAGCAAAACUCAAUAAUAUUAGUGAAAUAAAAACUAUUCAAUUAAAACAAUUGGAUGAAAUUGAAAAUAAGUUAACAUAUUUGGAAAAAUUAUGCGAUGAAUUUGAUGAAUUUCAAAAUGAAUUAGCAAUUAAGAAAUCCACAAAAAGUAGCUCAGCAUGA